AUGAUGAACCUCGCCGAUCAGGAGGUGCCCGCCGCGACCACGGAAUUGGCGGGCUUACCCGGAAACGGAUUCGGCAGGCUACCCGAGCCGCUACAGACAGUCGGGGAGUAUUGCCCUGCCAACUACCCGGUGUCUCAGGCGACAACGAACAACAACGAGAAGCUGCACACCGGAAGUGAAUUAUACAUGCCGCACGGCUACAGGCAGGAGACCUGGUUGCAAGACGGCAGCGGCUCCGAGACUGAGGACAGCGAACAGUACGUGCCCGAGUUUCAUCAGAUGUCGAGUGCGAGUGUGAAGCAAGAGUCGAGCAAUUGCACGAGAAACGGCGACGGUAGUUAUCACCCGCAGUAUCAGUCCUCCGUCACGCACAGUCAAAACGGUGAUUUUCUCGAACUUAGCUCGGACCGUUGCUUCGGGAAUCGAAAGAUAACCUCGUCGUCUGGUAAGAGCACGAAGGACGUUGCUGUGAAGGAGGAACCGGCGGAUCGGAGCUACGUAGAGCCGCUUCCCAUCACGAACGUAUCAACAUCCACGACAUCUCAGGACACGCAGAACGGUAAGCGAGACUGACGAAAAGUAGAGUGAUUCAACUCGAAUUCGAAAGAAAACGUAAGAAAGAGAAAGAGUGUUUACACUUCGGCGAUAACGUCGAAUCGGCCCGCUUCAAGCCAGCCGCGCGUCCCGCCCGUCCCGUCUCUGCCUGGCCCGGGCCAUCCACAAAAGGUAGAGUCGCUCGACAGGGGUUGCAAGCUCAUGCUUUCGAGCGGCCUGAUCUAUCGUCAGCAGCAACAGUACGGCAGCGUGACGAAGGACCCUCGGGGAUCCUCGCCGUCAUCCAGCCGGCCAGCGAGCGCGUCUUCCUCGACCUCUCAGUGGCAGUCGACCUUCUCAUCCGAGACGUUUCUGCCGCGGCAGGAGAACUGGAAUUCCGAGGUUUACGCUUCUUCGAAACGAAGCGGCACGCCGACCUGGGCGGAAUUGGGCGCGCAGUUGGACCCGCGAAAUCCCUCCUGGGACCGACAGAAUGGAUGUUACCAGAAGAAAGGCUCGCCCGGGUCCACCUGGAACGCGGAUCACAUUGGCAAGAGGCCGUCCUCGGCGACCGGUGGCGUUCCCACUUGGAGCGACAUGUCGGUGGGCUAUCAGCAACAGCGACGCGGCUCCCUGCAACUCUGGCAGUUCUUAGUGGCUCUGCUGGACGAUCCGGCGAACGCGCCCUGCAUCGCGUGGACCGGUCGCGGCAUGGAGUUCAAGCUCAUCGAGCCGGAAGAGGUUGCGCGCAGAUGGGGCGUUCAGAAGAACCGGCCGGCGAUGAAUUACGACAAACUGAGCCGCUCGUUGAGAUACUACUACGAGAAAGGCAUAAUGCAGAAGGUCGCUGGCGAACGAUACGUGUACAAGUUCGUUUGCGAUCCGGAAGCGCUUUUCAAUAUGGCGUACGGCACCGGUGCGUCCUCCGCCGGGAUUACCGCCGGUGAGGUUCCGAGCGGUAUGCAUCCCGCCGCCGGCUACAGCGACGCGGUCUUCGCCAUGUACUCGAACACCGCCGCCGUUUACGGGCCGUCGAGCCUCCACCAUCUGCAUCAGUACCUCGGCGGUAACGAAGGCUUCAAGACGCCGCAGAGCAGAUACCACCCCCAUUAUUCGCAUCAAUACGCCGGCAACCACCACCACCAUCAUCAUCACCCGUCCGCCAGCUACACGGAGACCUUCCUCAACUACAGUCGAUUGUCGUCGCACGAACCCACUCUCGACUCGAAGGCGGGCCAAGAACCGCCCCCUCCAACGGCGGCGACGAGAGACUCGGGAUACAGUGUCCAAGACGCAGAGAGUACCGACCGGGAGCCCACGUCGAUAUCUUACGAGAGUGUCGUGCAGAGGUCGCAGUUACCGACGACGCCCGCGCAAUCCUCGCUAUUAGACGGCACAGCGAGCUCCAAGAUCGAGCAGGCGCCGUACGCGUGCCUGGGUGUCGGCAGCUGCGUCUGGAUGAUGAAGACGAAAACCGCGAAGCAGGAGGAAUCUCCCAUGGGCUUCAAGGAUAAGCAGAAAGCGCUGAACAUGCUGAAGUCCUUGGACGGCCGCGACAUCAGCUAUCAGUAUCACGUGGUGUUGACUUUCAUCGGUCGCGCGAAAAGGACGAUACAGAUCACGCGGGACGAAGAGAAACUGGCGAAUCUGCGAGAAGCCUUGAAGAUCUUCGAGGACUGGCUGGCGGAUUACAAGAAGAAAAAUCGGGGGAAGGAGAACCUCGCGUAUCUACCGAUCGAGACGAUCGAGGCCUUUCGCUGCCUCGCGAAGAAGUACGACGUGUGGGACGAUGAGUUUUUCAAAGCGUACAAGCGCGAGAAGGGCGACUACAAAGGCUUGCGCGCCGCGAAGACGCCCGAAGAGGACACUACGUGGGACGUCGAGAGGAACAGGCGGCUAAAAGACAUCAUCGGCAAGGUCAGGAACGAAAACAUCCAAUGGUUCGAGACGGACGUGGGUGAUUUCAGGGGUCUGCCGACGAAGGAGCACGUGCGAUGCAUCGUGCUCGCGUACAGCCCCGACCCGACGAAGUUGAAGAAGCUGAUGAGUCAAGUGCGCGAGAAAUUCGGCAGAGACGACAGCGAGGACGACGACAUGGACGUUGAUAAAGCGGAACCAAGAGAGAGAGGCUCGAAAAGAGUUCACGACAGCUCGUCGAGCAGCGACAGCGACAGCGACAGUGAGAACGGCCAGCCGGAGAAGAAGAUCGCGAAGCGAACGGAGGAGAACCAGCAACAGAACGAAAAAGCUGAGAACACGCUGGGCUUCAAGAACAAGCAGAAGGCUCUGCAGAGCAUCGAGUCCCUGAAGGGUCGGGACGUAUCGUACCAGUUUCACGCGAUCAGCGGUCUGGUGAAGAGAGCCGAACGCGUAAUCUCGUGCACGAAAGACGAGCAGAAGAUCAGGAACAUGAGGGAGGCUGUGGAAGUCCUCGAGAACUGGGUUACCGAUUAUAACGUGAACGGCCGGUCGAGGGAGAACUUCGGUUACCUCGCGAUCGACGUUGUGCGGGCCUUCGAACCGCUCGCCGAACGAUACGGCAUCGAGGACAACGGCUUCCUCAAAGUAUACGAGGAGGCUAAAGGCGAUUACAAGAAACUCAGAUCCGUCCAAGUUCCCGAAUCGGACGUCACAUGGGACGUCAAGAGGAACGAGAAGCUGCGGGAGCUGGUGGAUCGCAUCAAAGAGAAUCACAUACAGUGGUUCGACACGGACUCUGAAUUUCGAGGCCUGCCCACGGUGGAGCACACGCGAUGCAUCAUGUGGGCCUUCAGCCACGACGUUGCGAAGCUGAAGAAACUCUUACCCACUUUAAGCGGGAAGCUGAAGCCGGCUGACGACUAAUGCCGCGAUUUUUUAUAAAUGUUGGGUCGUUGCCAGACCGCGUUCGAACAGUUUACUUAAAAGCCUGGUACACCUUUAGGAUAACGUAAUCAAUAAAAAGGUAACAUAUUGCACUGUAUCGUAUCCAAUAUCAUACGUUGUCCAUGUGUACAAUUGUAUGUAUGUACACAUAUAUAUAUAUAUAUAUAUAUGUGACAAGAUUUUACAAUAAUAUAACAUAUACGACAUUA